UAUGUAAUGCUGCCACGUAAUCCCGUUAUAAUCCCGGUUUUUGAGCGGCGCGUGGUCCCGGUGCCGCGCAGCAAGAGGGCGAGACAGAAGCAGGGGCUAAAGCCCCGAAACCUGCCCGGAGACUCGCGCCCUAACCCGGCCUGCGGGGAAAAGAGCGCCCGGUGGGUCCGGCGGGAGGUGUGUGUAUGUGUGUAGGUUUCGGAUUUACAACCACGUGGUCACGUGGCAUGGUUGUUAUUUUUGUCCGCGCGCUCUUGCCGUACUGCGCGAGCAGCAACUUUUCCCGUCUGGUUGCAGAUCCGCGCACAGCACGCGCCUCUCCGACAACUUACCAAACUGUGCGAAACGGCGAUUAAUUCAAACUAAUGCUAAAUCGGAUUAAGUGCAACUCGGAUUAAAGUCGGAUUAAACUAGGGGGAACGCGAAAGAUAAGAAGGUCAUCUCUGACCCUCCCGGCCUAUGUGACGCCGCCCCCCCAGUCCGGCCUGUGUGAGGAAGCGGCGUCGGCAGGCGUUCCUGUGUGAAUGAGGUAGCGCCACCAUGCGGCAGCUGAAGGGAAAGCCGAAGAAGGAGUCGUGGAAGGAUAAGAAGGAGAGAAAGCAGGCCAUGCAGGAGGCGCGAGAGCAGGUGUCCACUGUGGUCCUGCCCACGCUGGCCGUGCUCGUCCUGCUCAUCGUCCUUUUCGUUUAUGUGGCGACCCGUCCGGGAGCUGUGGAGUAAAACCUGAAGAACCGUCCAUCCCUUCAGGAACCCUCUAAUCUCUCUCUCUCUCUCUCUCUCUCUCUCUCUCUCUCUCUUUUUCUCUCAAUGCUACAUUGCAAUAAUAUCACUACACCACUAAAGGGCUGUGGAAUAUGGACAUAAUACUUGUAUUAUGAUUUUAACAACUGGCAGGAUAUUAAAACGUUAAUUAUCAAGAUUAAUAAUAUUUACAGUUAAUAAUAACAUUAUUUUGUCCAAAAUAUAAAAAAAAUAGCUUAAUUCAGACUUCUGCAGUAAAAUCAAUAGGUCGAUGCUGUGCAGUCCUCUCUGGCUGUGUUCCAAAAAGAUUUUUUGGGUGUAGUGCACUAUUUUAUGAUUGUGUGGACUACGAAUUUGCAUCUUGCACAAGCAUUCUAAAAUCGCAAAAUCGAAUGCAAUAGCGAUUAACAAGCAAUCCAUUGCGCAGCCCUCUUCGGCUGUGUCUCAAAUGUCUCGUUUAGUGUGAUAUUUUGUGAUUUGUGUUCAAAAGCAUAUUUUAUUUUUUUUUUUUGAUACCACUAUCACAGAGACCAAUAUCACUGUUACAUUUAACAAACAAUGUAGUGUUAAGCCUUAUCAGGCUGUGUCCCAAAUUACUCUCCAUCAGAGUUAGUUUUAAAGAUUGAGUUGGGGCUAAUUUGGAUAAUGCAUACUAGUAUUUGCAUAUUUGCUCAUAUCACAAUAAUUAACGAAGAUAUAGUAUAAAGCUCUGUUGGCUGUGUCCCAAACAGCUGCCUUUAAGUGCCCCAUUUAUGUGUAGUGCACUUAAAAUUUUGCUCCUGUGUUAUUUGUUAGCAAAAGCCAACAUCACAGAAACAAUUAACCAAAGAUUUAGUGUUCAUCCUUUCAAGCUGUUUCCAAAAUGCCUCCCUAUUGGACGUUUCAUGUCUAAGUUAUUUUGCAUGAUUUAUCAUUCUGUAAAAUCAGUAUUUGCUUAGGUCUAUAUUGCAAUAUUUAAGAAAACAAAUACUGUGCAGCCAUUUGUGGCUGUGUUCCAAAUGGUUCCCUUUUGGAUAUUUAGCACACUACUAUGUGAUUUGUUAGUGAGCUCAUUUGAUUUAUUUGCUUAUUCAAACCACCUAUAAUUUUAGUAUCUAUACUGGCUGCUGACACGAUAAUACACAAAUUAGAGGUGCGCGAUAUGGCCUUCAAAUUAUAAUAUCACAAUAUUUCAGGGUAGUUUUGGGAUAACGAUAUUCUUAAUGAGAUGACGAAACAUUAAAUAAUUUUAAGAAUAUAUUAAAGCAACAGAAUAAAUAAUAAAUAUUUAUUUAGUAUAAAUAUAACAGUUUUAUACAUGUCAAUAUGCAGUAUAAUUAGAAAUAUAUUACAAAAAAAAUUAAUGUCUUAAAACCCUGAUUUUGUAUUAAAUAAUUAGAGUAACAAAAGAAAAAUGUAAUGAAUCUAAAGCAUUUUAGUGAAAGCAUAUAAAUAAUUUGAGUACAUUCUUUUAAAAUUAGUUUUCAUUAUCACAAUAUGAAUUUUUUUUUUUUUUUUUUAAUUUUUUGUAUCAACAUUAAUGGCAAUAUUAUACAAUAUCAUAUGGCACGAAAUGAUAUACAGUAUAUUGUACAGCCCAAUGUGGUUGUGUCCCAAAUGGCUCUGUAUUAGAAGUGUAUACAUAUUGUACUUAAUGAGCGGAGUCCUGCAGUGUACAAUACUACGAUACUAUGAUUAGAAAACACUAUGAUGUUCAUCUUUCUCUGGCUGUGUUCCGGUUUACUUCCCCUAGCGCACUUCUAGUCUAUUGCACUUGUUUUGGUUGUAGAAGCCAAUCGUUCUUAGACCUAGACAGCACACUGUACAGAGAAUAGAGACAGCCUCUCUCUCUCUCUCUCUUUCUCUCAUACUCCCUCUCUCACUCGUUCACUUCCUAUAACUCUUGCUCCCUCACCCUAUUCUUUGCCCUCCAUUGUGAUGGACAGACUGUUUUGAGGUGGAGAGUGACCGAGUGAAGGAUUAGGGCUGUUGUUUUUGGCCCCAGCUGGCGUCUCCUCUGCUGGACCGGACUGACUGGCGGACUGUGUGUUUACAGGGUGUCCACUUCCAUGCCAAAGCACCUGAGAUACUCAUCAGGAACAGCACUUGCUCACCCAGACCACAAUGAAUGCUCCAGUGAUCCAGGACGUCAGGCCACACACACACAAACGCACGCACACGAUUGGUUGUGUUGGUGUGGGUCUUUUGUUGAUUGUCACUAAUAGAACAAAAUCUAAUUCUGUUCCAGUCUUUCCAUAUCACCACAUUGUGAAAAGCUAUAUUUACUUUUAAUGUAGUACCUUUGAUGCCUCAUGUUCUGUUUUAAAGAAACAUACAGGGCUUUAUCUUACACCCUGUGCAAGGUGCGUCCCAAUGCUCAUUGCUAUCUUACGUCGUUUGAAUGGCAACAGUGUUUGUGAAUACAUCUACGCAGAUGGGUGUGGUGGUCUGGAAAUGUAUGGAAACCUUGGCAAUGAAAAACACAGGUGCUCCAUUGACUGAAUACAACCUAGACAUACAUCAGCAGUCAGACGUUCAUUGGCAUCUUGACAACUCAGGCACCCUGCAUGGACACCCCCGCUUGUUACACACACACACACACACACACACACACAUAUGCAGUAGUGCACAAACCCAACUUUACAUCAACAAUAAACAGAAUACAGAAUAAAAUAACAUUGCUGUUUCCAUAAUUGAGCUGCUGGCGCACCUUCACAGCAAGAACGAGCAGCUCAGUUUCCUCUGCUAAGUAGCGUUGGACACAUUGGUCCAGGUAGCUGCGACGUUAAAAUAGCAAUCCGCCAAAGUUUGAUUGGUUUAUUUCUCAAUACGCCCCAAAACACACCUAUGAUUAAUUGAAAAUUAGUGCAUGCUUUUUGCACGUUUUGAGCUGCACACAGUGUACUUUUCCCGUUGUUACGAUAGCAAAGUCACACACGCACUAAAUCAAGUUGCAUGCUUGACUGCUCUCUUGUAGAUAGCUAAAACAGAGCCCACAGUGUUGGAAUAAUCCACAAUGGUGGCGAAUUGAACCAAGAAUCUCAUCUAAAUCUCUUAAAAACUGCCACGUGGAAAGUUGUUACACACACCAAGUCAUGUAUAACUGUGUACUAAAUUCUCCUGGGAGAAUUGCAAGUUGGUUAGUUUUUUUAUUUUUAUUUUUUUAUUUAAUGAAACAAUAAUCACAUGUCAUGUAAAAAAUGAUGGAGGGAGACAUUCAAUAACUAUUGUAAGACAAACAAAAGCUAGUCCCUGAAGAAAGUGUACGUUGUACAAAUUGACCACUUUUUUUUUCUUCUUUUUUUCGAUCAAAAUUUUAAAUAUUUACUUGUGUAUUCUACACUUUAUUUGUGUCGUUGUCUAUGCGACUAACUCUUCACCACCAUGUGUCUCAAGUUCGAAUGAUGGUAAUAUGUCAAAUGAUGUGACUAGAAUGUUUUCAUUUUUAUGGUAGUCAUGAUGUGUUUUGAGUUGCAUUAGAAAGACCUCAAGCCCAAAGUGUUAGAAAAUGUGCCAAUGAUGUCAUUCCACUGCUUCUUUAAACCAAAAGAAUGUCAGGUUUGUCUGUGUAUAAGCAUACAUACAAAUCAGCCAUAACAAUAAAACCACCUGCCUUAUAACUAAUAUUGUUUAGCUCUCCCUUGCAUGCCCAUAUAGGGGUGUAGGAGGAUAUCGAUAUACUGAAGUAUUGUGAUAUUUUGUUUUGCAAUACUGUAUCGAUUUUUAAUUAAUCGUUUACAUGAAAAGCUUGGUGUCAGAAGUGGGAAAUUUUGUAAAGGCGUCUGGUAAAGUUAUCAGGGGAUCCUUUAAGUUUUGAGGUGGGAUCCCCAUGAGUAUCAGUGAGCCUUAGGUGCCCAUGUUGCUGGUUUGCCAACUCUUUGCCAAGACCUGACUGAUGUUCUGGAGAUGUUCUGACCCAGUUCAGGCUUUGUCAAAGUGGCCCUAGAACUGAUUUUCACUUGCUGCCUAAUAUGUACAGUAUCAUGCUCCCUUUGACCGAUGCCAGAUCAUUAUACUAUACUUUGCAGGCAGUGGUGUUAAUGUUAUGGCUGGUCAGUGUGUGUAGAAAUACAGUAUAAUUGUGUGCCAUAGUUUUGGGACACCUGUUGUUGCUGCAAAACUUUUAACAUCUACCAUUUUUAACAAAUUUAAGUAUAAACUUGGCUUUUCACCAAAACGUUUGCAUAUGAAUGUAUAUGUAGCUCAAGCUGUUGGGUAAAAUGUGUAUUUCUGUAACCAGUGCCUUAAACAUAUUCCUUGUUUCUGACUGAAUGUAAGAUAAAAUGGACAAUCACAGUGGAUAACACACACACUCUGCACCUGCAAGCUUUCCCAGCUGGCCUAGGAUCAGCCUUAAAUGUGCCUUAAAAACAUCUUUAAAAUCUUCUUAAAUAAACAGUGAGAAAGUGCUGCUCUCUCUCAGA